AUGAGUGAAGGAAACCAGUCAUCAGUAACCGGAUUCUUACUCUUGGGAUUUCCGAGGCUCAGUGGUUUCAAGGCGGCCUUCUUUCUCCUGAUUCUGGCCAUUUACAUGGUCACAAUCAUGAUUAAUCUCAUGAUUAUCACCUUGGUUUCUACAAGUCCGAAGCUCCAUUCCCCAAUGUAUUUCUUUCUCAAGCACUUGUCAUUGACAGAAAUUGCAUUCCUGACCCUCAUUGUUCCUAACAUGUUGCGCAUCAUAUGGCUGGAAGGAGCCACCAUCUCUAUCAUGUGCUGCAUUGCUCAGACGUAUCUCUAUGUUGCCCUAGGAAGCACAGAGUGCUACCUCCUCGCAGUAAUGUCCUAUGACCGAUAUUUGGCCAUAUGUAACCCUCUACGUUACACCACAAUCAUGGACAACAAAUGUCAACAUUGUCUGGCUACACUUUCCUGGAUGAUUGCCUUUCUAAUCCCAAUUAUUACUCUUAUUUUCCUUUUACAUCUCCAAUUUUGUGGACCAAAAGUCAUAGAUCACUUCUUCUGUGACCUUCUUCCUUUUGUAGAACUUUCCUGCUCCCUCAAAGACAGUUUACAGAUUGAAAUUCUGGUUCUCACAUUUCCCAUAGCAGUUAUACCCUUCAUAUUAAUCCUCAGCAGCUACAUUUGUGUGUUCAAAACCAUCCUUGGGAUCUCUACCACCACGGGAAGGAACAAGGCCUUCUCCACCUGCAGUUCCCACCUAUCUGUUGUGUCUUUGUACUAUGGCACCAUUUGUGCUAUCUACCUGGUGCCGGCUAAAAAGCACUCAUUGUCUAACAACAAAGUGAUGGUGUUGAUGUACAUUUUAGUUACACCACUGUUUAAUCCAAUCAUAUAUUGUCUCAGAAACCAGGAGAUGAGGGUUGUCAUGGGGAAUUUAUUUGGUAUUAACAAAUUAAAGAGAUAA